AUGGCGGACUCGAUCCGGCCAGGUGAGGUGCCUACUGACUACCAGCCGUUGCACGACAAUAUUCAACAACUCUUCGCUUCGAGCGAAUAUAGCGAUCUGAAGAUCGUCUGCGAAGGCAAAAUCUGGAACGUCCAUCGCAACAUCGUUUGCACAGCGUGUCCGUUUUUCAAACUACGCUGCCAGAACUUCCAGGAUGUCCGCACCGCGGUCAUCGACCUCUCACACGAUCGGAAAUCUGCCGUGCAGGCACUCCUAAGUUAUAUCUAUACAGCCGAUUACAAGACCGACGACUCGAUGGGCUCCGACGCGAUGGUGUUUCAAGUUCGAGUCCACACCAUCGCCAACAAAUACGGUCUUUCGAAGCUUUCAGCUCUCGCGGAGUCCAAGUUCCUCUCGAUAGCCAAGGGCAGCUGGGCCAGCAGCGGUUUCGCUACAGCGAUCGAAGAAAUGUAUACCGUCACACCAGGAACCAAGAAAGAAUUGCAAUAUAUUGCUAUCAAGAUCGCCGUUGAAUAUGCAGAUAUUCUGCUUGGGGACGAGUGGUCCUCGUUUGCUAGACUGUCUCGUCGACUGCCAGCCUUCGCGUUUGACUUGUCCAGGGAGCUUAUGGCCCGAAAAGCGAAGAAGACCGAGAGUGCUGAGAAGAAGACUACCGAGAAGCACGAGAAGAGGACCGAGAAGAAGCCCAAGAGUACUGAAGCGAGGACCGAGGACUAUUUCAACAGUACUGAGAUGAAGACCAAAAACAAGUCCAGGAGUACUGAGAGUCCUGAGAGUGCUGAGAAGGAGAUCAACGAGAAGCACGAGAAGAGAACUGAGAAGAAGCCCGAGAGUACCAAGGCGAGGACCGAGGACUAUUUCAACAGUACUCAGACGAACACAGAAGACAAGUCCGGGAGUUCUGAGUCCCGAUCGAAGAAGCCCGAGAGUCCUGUAAAGAAGGCGUCGAGUGGUCGGAGAUGCUCCAAAUGCGGUUCUUCUAAUCUUUACAGAGUCCGCAAGUCGCUGUUCCAGCGUGCCGGGAUCUGGUGCAAGUCCUGUGGCAGAUUUCGCUCUCGAGACUGA